AUGGGAGAUAUCGCAGCCAAGGUCGCUUUUGUCGCUGGUGGGUCGACGGGACUAGGAAAGGAACUGGCAAUAGCUCUGGCAAAGCGAGGCUGUCAUGUUACCAUCUUUGCGCGGAGACAGCUGCCAUUGGAUGAAGCCAAGGUCGAAAUCCUUGCUGCCCGAAAGCAUGAGGCGCAAGACGUGAGAGCGAUAUCUCUAGAUCUGACCGAUCCUGAAAAGGUCAGGGAAAUAUUUAAGUCGCAACCAAGACUCCCCGACAUGCUCUACUGCGUUGCUGGUGGCACCGCCAACGAACUCGGGUUUCUUGUCGAUAUCAGCCCUGACAAAAUUUCGCGAUGCAUGAACAACAACUAUUUGACCAGUGUAUUCCCAGCUCAAGCAGCGCUGAAAUUAUGGGUCGCUGAUGACAGGAAAUUUCAAACAGUUCCAGGUCCCAGACAGUCUCCAAAGAUCAGGAACAUUGUCUUUGUGAGCAGUGCCGCUGCUUUUAUCGGCCUUCCCGGCUAUACUGCCUACGCACCAACAAAAUGUGCAGUAAGAGGGCUGGCCGACACGCUCCGCGCGGAAGUUCUGCGAUACUCUGGCACCGCGUCGCAAUACUCCGUGCACAUCGCAUUCCCCUCGAACUUCAUGUCAGCAACCUUCGUGGACGAACAAAACAAUAAACCAGAAUUGACAAAACGACUUGAAGGAACAACGGCUCCGAUAUCCAAGCUUUCGAAGACACUCCACUCGGCCAAGCAGGUCGCCGAUUACAUCAUUGCUGCGGUUGACAAGAAACAAUUUGUGAUCUGUAGCGAGCUUGAAGCGGGUCUUCUCUUCGGGACCUUGAAUGGGAUGUCGCCAAGAAGGGGUCUGGGUAUCGUCGAUACACUCAUUGCUUUCGUGGCGGUGCUUCUUGGGCCCAUUGUCAGACGGCAUCAGGACUAUCACUGCGCGAGGGACUCCGCGGACGCUGAGAAUCCAGAGACCAGUUGA